AUGUCCAUUCGUGGUCCUUGUCUCUGGGUACCUUCAUUGUCUUCACCAGUUUCUUCACCUAUCUCUGCUGUCACAUCUCAUUUUUCAGCUGUCGCUCGUCACGGUAACGGAGAACGGGUUUCUCCUCGAACUACUUCGCCAUCUUUGACCCCGCACAGUUUCGGUGAUCGAACACUCCUCGACUCUCAUAGUAUCCCUGUUGUUAUGAACUCCGCAGGAUUAAAGGCUGAAAAUGCCUCAGUUUCUUCUAUGGUACCCUCAAACAUGACUGGUCUAAGACCUGGGGUUGAGAGAGAAAACCUACCUCGAGUGAGGCUGGAAAUUCCUCCCAAUACGAACUAUUCUACUUCCCGCGAGUCAGGUCUUGUGUCACCUCUAGACAUGGACGGAGAUGACCAUGAUGACUCGGCCGAUGAUAAGGGAGAUGACGACGAUAGAUCGCCAACGUCGGCAGAAAGAAAGAAAAUGAAGCGAUUUCGCUUAACUCAUAAUCAGACUCGCUUUCUGAUGAGUGAGUUUACUCGCCAGGCACAUCCAGAUGCUGCUCAUCGCCAGCGUCUGUCGCGUGAAAUUCCCGGCUUGACACCUCGUCAAGUCCAAGUUUGGUUCCAGAACAGACGGGCCAAACUUAAGCGUCUCACUACCAAUGACCGUGAGAGAAUGCUGAAGUCACGAGCACUCCCGGAUGACUUCGACACCACCAAAGUCCUCCGAACGCCGUUUGAAAGCAAGUCACAUAGUCAACCCUCGAUUGUAUCACCAUUGGAAUAUGGUGCCUCGAACUCCGACUUUACAUCGAGAACACUACGUACGGAUUGUUACCAGCGUCCAAAUGAAGAAGACUAUCUAGGGCGAGGCGACGGUUUGUCUCCGCCUGGACUGGUUUUCGGUCGACCUUCUGCGUCGGUGUCCCUGACCGACCUGAAUCGAACUCUCCGGAGCGACUACUCUAUCACCAGGUCUAGUAGUGUAUCAGAUGGCUCUCCCCAUCCAUCAUCCUACCAGGCCUAUUCGAUGCCAAACCGCUACAUUCUGCCUUACGUGCGGCCUGGUAUUGACUACACUGUUCCAAGGAGUCAGCCAGGCAUGAUGCCUGGAUACGAACAAUCUCAAUCCUUCGAUGGAUCAGUGUCACCCACAGACACACGGGGAGUUCAAAUCACUUAUGACAUGAGAAACAUAGGCUCGCAACCUCAAAGCUAUCCUUCUCUUUCAGUCUCAGCACCAAAAGAUUAUGACAUGGCAAUGGGCUCGCAACUUCCUCCUGGCAGCAGACCGAUCCCAAUUCUCCAUCCUCUCUCAACCCCUACGGCGCAGCCUUUCCCCUACGGUAGCACCUCGGGCUUGCAAUAUGCCAACAAUACAUCGACUCUGAGCCUCCCCUCAUCUUUCGUGCCAUCUGAACAAUCUCCUGCACAUAAUCAAAUGCAGGCACCUCAAACUAUCGAGUCCUUACGAACCAAGUUUGCUACUCCUUCUUUCCAGUACGCCAACUACGUCCAGCAAUGA